AUGACGCAAUCAAAGAGGGACCGACGAGGGAACAGCUUUCAAAGACUCUUCGCCCAAAUAUCCAGAGGAAAACGUUGAAUUUAAGACGACACACCAAUGCUGCAGUUGCUUAUUUAGACCCUGAGCAGAUUGAUAUAUCAACCUGACAAAUAAAAAACUACAGCUGGCGUCUUUUCCCCUUCUACUUCCGGACUACAAAUACAACUACGAGCCUACUGGGAAAUGCGGUUCGUGUUGUCGCUCCAGGCUGUGUGAGUCUGUCGCAUGUCAGAGACACACAUGAACUCCGAACACGACCUCUGUCAAAGUUUGACUCAUAACAAAGGAUUUUUUUCAGUGUAACGUUUCAAGCUUGUAAGCGUGAACAAUGUGAUCCAGAAAACAUUUGGAGAGACCAUGCACAACCCGGCACGUUACCUCAUCUUUUUUCAAUACAUUGGAACAAAAUACAGUGGUGUAGUGAAAGUGCCUCCACAGCAGCAGGGGGGAAAAAAGGGGGUCCAGGACCACUUGGAGGAUGCGAUAAGGAGGCUGAGGCCGCUCAACCCCGUAUCCCUGUCGGUCUCCAGCAGGACAGAUGCAGGCGUCCACGCCCUCUCUAACUCUGCCCACUUUGAUCUCCAACGCAAAAACGAUAAGCCGCCGUUUACUGAAGACAUUCUGGUUGAGGCCCUCAAUUUCCACCUUGGGACAGAACAAAUCAGGAUCACCCAUGCCCAUCGUGUACCCGAUGAUUUCCACGCCCGUUUCCGUGCCCUGUCUCGGACCUAUGUCUACCGGAUAGCACUGGGAGUCUCCCACUUCUCUCAGCUUCCCCUCACAGACCGCGACCUGUGCUGGAGCCUCCACCGCACGGAGCUAGAUGUGGGAGCCAUGAACGAGGCUGCCGCCCUGUUUGUUGGGACUCAUGACUUCAGCAGCUUCAGGGCGGUCAACGCCGACAUGCCUUUUAAAAAUCCUGUCAAGACACUGGAUGUGGUCAACGUACAGCCAGGAAGCUCCUUCGCACAUGCACACUUCCACAGGGAGAUGCCGCUCUGGGAACUGACUUUUAGGAGUAGAUCUUUCCUCUACAAGCAGGUGCGGAGGAUGACAGGGGCCCUUGUGGCAGUGGGCCAGGGGCGGCUCUCGGUUCCACAGCUGAAAGAGAUCAUGGAGGCUCGGGACUCUUUGGCCUACCCACAGGGCCUAGUUGCUCCAGCCCGUGGCCUCUUCCUCACUAAGGUGGACUACAGAGAGACAGACCUGCAGCUUUCACAGCAGACGUCGGAGCAGCAGCUUCCCUCCAGUGGAAACUCAGAGGAUUAAUCUGACUUGAACAAGUUCAUUCAUGUUUAUGUACUUUCAUGCAGCUGUAUACAAUGAAUGUAAUAAAGUUUUUGUAUUUA